AUCUGCCCCUGCAGCGCAGACAGACCUCCGCUUCUCCGCUCGUUUCUCUCUCUACACUUGUCGCCUGGAGAUUAUUUCGAUGGAAAGGAUUAUUUUUGCCACUUUGUCAUAAAUCCGAGGCGACAUAAAGUUUCCACUUUUUUUUUUUCUGGUCUCGAUAAUCAGCGCUGUUGGUUUUAGCUGUUUCUCAACUUCAGCCACCGAUCUUCUGAAACAGAAGAGAAAAUAAUGAACAACAGAGAUCGCUGGAGGGUGUAUAAGAGGGCGAGCGUCAUGUUUUUCCUGGCUGUGGUGGCGCUGACUGUUGUGCAAAGAGGCAGCAUCAGUAUGGGGGCUCCCUUUGAACUGGAGAGGCAGGCUCGCAUGCAUGCCUCUCAGGGAGCCGAGCCCGGAGCCGCUCUGGAAGAGAAAACCGACUCGUACCUUGGGAUGAAAGGCUUCUGGAAGGCUGGCAGACAUCCGCCGCAGCCUAGAGCUCAGACCCCCACAAAGGAGCCCGGAACCACGGACGACGGCGGCCCCAGAACCUGGGACGUAACCAGCUCCAACUGCAGCGCCAACCACAACCUCUCCAGCCAGGAGUGGUUCAAGGGACUGGAGGACAAUUUUAAGCAGUUUCUGCUUUAUCGACACUGCCGGUAUUUUCCCAUGCACCUCAACCACCCAGAGAAGUGCACGGGGGAAAUAUAUUUGCUCAUGGUAAUUAAAUCGGUGGCUACCCAGCAUGACCGCAGGGACGUCAUUCGGAAAACUUGGGGCAAAGAGCAGGUGGUGGACGGCAAAAGGAUAAAGACCCUCUUCCUCCUCGGUAAGUCCUCCAACGAGGCGGAAAAAGCGAACCAUCAGAAACUUGUGGAGUUUGAAGACUACAUCUACGGGGAUAUUCUCCAGUGGGACUUUUUAGAUAGCUUCUUCAACCUAACACUCAAGGAGACCCACUUCCUCAAAUGGUUCCACACUUACUGCCCCGGCGUGCGCUACGUCUUCAAGGGGGACGAUGACGUGUUCGUCAGCGUGGAGAACAUCUUGGAGUACCUAGAUAGCAGCAACCUCAACAAGAACCUGUUUGUUGGGGAUGUGAUUUUAAAAGCUAAGCCCAUUCGUAGAAAGGAAAACAAAUACUACAUCCCCCCGGCUUUGUACAAUAAGACGCACUACCCUCCGUACGCUGGUGGAGGGGGGUUCCUGAUGGAUGGGAAUCUGGCGAGGAGGCUUUACUGGGCCGCAGACACCCUGGAGCUCUACCCGAUCGACGACGUUUUCCUGGGGAUGUGUCUGGAGGUGCUUCAGGUCACUCCUGUAAAACACAACGCCUUUAAGACGUUUGGCUUGGUGAAAAAUAAGAGCAGCAAGAUGAACCGAGAACCUUGUUUCUUUAAGAACAUGAUCGUGGUGCACAAGCUGCUCCCGUUGGACCUCAUGCACAUGUGGCAUCUGGUCAACAGCGACCUGGUGUGCUCGCAGAAAGUGGAGAUCCUAUAGCUUGACGAGAACACCAGGUAAGGCCAGUGGCUGAGCUUUACUUGGGUGGACGCCAAUAGGAAGUACAGCACAUGACGCGAGAGGCCAACUUCCCCAUCUCUCCUUUAUGUGGAGAGGUGCCAGGACAAUAUUUGAAUUUGCUUUUUCUGAGCAUUUCCGCAAUUUUUCGGAGGACCUUCUUCUAAAGUCUAGUAAAUUAUACAAAGAGUUUUUUUUAAAAGGUUGACUUAGAAUAUUUAUAUUGGCAUUUUGAAGGACUCACACUGUCAGCAUGCAGAUUUAGCGAUGCCAACCUAGUGGCGCUGCUGUACUGAUGGUCGACUAAGGAGGACAGCCACUUGUUCUACACUUUGAGACGUCUUGUUCUGCAUCAUAUUCUGCUGUGGGCCCUGAUGCAAAUGUUGGAAAAGGGGUCUCUCCCUUUUGUCACAUGCAUCCUCCACCUCCCCUCCAACACCUAGUCCCCCUUUUCCUUCUGCUUUCCUAUGGUAGUAGAAUCAGGAACCAAGAGCCUUGUGGCAGCGACUUGCCACCAUAGUGAGCCCAUAAAUGUGAAUACACCUGGAAUAUUUAAGGCAAAGAUUAUUACCAGGACAAGUGGUUAAUCAAAUCAUAAAUCAGUUUCAUUUGCUGUAACAUACUGUGCUUUCAGAUAGAUCAGAGGGAAAUAAUAUUUGGAUUAGAUCGAUAUUGAAAAAUACAAGAGCAGGUAGUGUUAGCGGGUGCCCCAGAAGUUUUGGAAGCCACUGCACAUGCCCAGUGCAAAUGGCUUCAAGUUGGAGAAAGAAACAACUCUCUCUACCUCAGCGAUUCGGGAAAAAACACCUAAUUUUAUCACUGGUCACCAUUUGAACGACAAGUUUUUAUUAUUUUUUUCAAAAAUAUAUGCAGUACAUUUUCCUAAAGUGAGAUUUAAAUCACUUUUUUUUGUAUUGUAGAGGUCUUUGCACUCAUUAAAUGUGUCCGACUUGAUCUGGACGUCUACUGCAUGUACACUACUGGGAGAAGAAAAAAAAAAUGUCUAUACUUGUUAUUAUACUUGCUGUCCGUAAAUUUGAAUGUGCUGAUAUACUUGACAUGAAUUAGGUAGAGGGUUUACAAUGACACUGUGAACUAAAACUAUUGCUGGUACGAGAAUAUACGUGUUAAUUUAACUGUCCCCCGGUGAAAGGGGGGGUAAAUUUGGGGGUUCUUACGUUUAAUUUAAAGCGACAGAUGAACAUAUAAAUGGAUAAAUGAUCAUAAAGCUGAACGCUGUGGGUGUAGUGUGUGAUGAUUAUGUCUAGAUGAUGUAAAUAUAUGUAAAAACAAAAUAAAAUAAAAAAAUCAAUGUGUACAUAGAAUGUUGUUUGUAAAUAAACGCCUUGACAAUA